GCGGUUGAACGACCCAUCCAUCGUCACGCCGUUCUCCAGAGACGACCGAGGUUACACCCCACUGCACGUCGCCGCCAUCUGCGGUCAGGCCCAGCUGAUCGACCUGCUGGUGUGUAAAGGAGCGCCGGUGAACGCCACAGACUACCACGCCCUCACGCCGCUACACCUGGCCUGCCAGCGAGGAUACCAAGGAGUCACGCUGUUGCUGCUGCACUACAAGGCCAACACGGACGCUCAGGACAACAACGGAAACACGGCGCUGCACCUCGCCUGCAUGUACGGACACGAGGAUUGUGUGAAGGCGUUGGUGUAUUACGACGUCCAAACGUGCCGUCUGGACCUGCAGAACGAUAAAGGCGACACGGCGCUGCACAUGGCGGCUCGCUGGGGCUACGAGGGAAUCAUCCAGGUGCUGCUGGAGAACGGAGCGAGCACCGACGUCCUGAACAAGAGCAAAGACUCACCGCUGCAGUGCGCGCUCAACUCCAAG